GCGUCGAUUCAAGCACGAGACGAACGCAGGACGAACGUGACCGAAGGUUGAACGUUAAAGCGACGUAACCUCGAGAUGGGAGGAACUGUCAACGGGAAAGAUCGGUCGAGUAGUGUAAAUAGUAUUCUCGGAAGGGAAGUUGUGCCUCUCGAUGGCCGACGUUGAAACGAGCGAAGAGAGAGGCAGGAGGGUUUGGCGCGAGAGCAAGAUGACUCGCUCCAGAAUAUAGCGCGGUUGCGCUCGAGUAAGAUCGCGAUCUGUCAAGUUCAAUUUCGAAAGGGAGACUCCUGCGGGCAGUCUCCUCGUUCCGCCUCGAACCGCGUGCGUUUCUCGACCAAGUGCCUCUGUGAGACACGCGUCGAUGACAGAAGUACAAAUCGGUAACACGGAGGCUGGCGCGCCGCGGAAGAUGGCUACUACAUGGCAUCAGCAGGUCUUCGCGCUCGACGCCAAGUACAACACGCUGCGGGCUAACAAGUUGCCCAGUCUGGGUAUGCUGUACAUUCGCCGGAGGAAUCAGCUGCUGCGGGAGAAGUUCUCCACGGACCCGGAGAUCGGCGCGCGGUACUUGAAGCUGCGCUCGGAAUUACUGCGGCGGCGUUACGGCGAGAGGCUGGAGCAGAACAGCGUGGGCAGCCACACGAUAAGCGAGGAGUCGUCGGAGAGCCGGGCGAGGCACCAGCGCGUGCAGCGAAGAUCGACAGCGGAGAACUUUGCGUUUGCCGGGGUCCAUCAUGUUUUCGAUCAGCACAAGGUGGCCGUGACGAUGCUCAAGUUUGCCAACAACGACAGGUCCAGGUUGUGUUGCGCGUCGCUGGACGGCACGCUCUCCAUAUGCGAGGUCGUCGGCGCAUCCCCGAAGGUGCUCGCUCUCCUGGAGGGCCAUCGCGGCGGCGUGACCGCGUUCGACUGGAGCACCAGCAACGACCUCGUCGUCUCCUCCUCCCUGGACGCGACGAUAAGGCUGUGGAGGGUGUGCGCGGACGCGCAACCGGCUUGCCUGCGCGUGGUGGACGAUCAGCAGCGAGCGGAAGUUCUGUGCUGCAAUUUCAUACCCGCUAAUAACAAUUUGAUAGUAGCCGGCAAUUCUCAGGGACUGAUCCAGAUCUUAAAUGUAUCUACCGGUAUAUACACGCGCGGCGGCUCCUGCAAAAUCGGCGGGAAGAUUCUCUCCCUGGCGUGCGAGGGCAGCGGCGGCUCGGUGAUCUGGGCGGGCAACGACCGAGGCGUUAUAGUGGCUUUCCGACUGGAGCCUGGCGUUGGACGGUUGACAAAGUUGCAGAGAGUGCAGGAAACCGGCGGGAUGGUAACCAGUCUCUCCUGGCGCUCCUGGCUGUCCAAGGAUUCUCCUUGGGCUGCGCUACUAGUGAGCAGCGCGUGUAACGCCGUGCUCUUAUAUCGCGUCGCAGACAAUCACGGCUCUUUGUACUUUUGGAGAAAGUAUCCUGUGAAGCAUAGACUUUACCCCUUGAGGUCAACGUUCUGUCCGCAAAUGGGCGCGUGCUUGAUAGCCACGGGAUCGGAAGAUGGUGCCGUUCACUUGCUGGACUCGGCGAGAGAAGGGAAGGCCGCCAGGAUUAAUCGACUGCACGGCCACGCGACACCCGCAUUAGCUUUGUCCUUUAAUUACGACGAAUCUUUGCUCGCGUCCGCAGAUCACGACGGAUUAAUUAUCCUAUGGCGCAAUCAUCAACGUAAUUUGUAAAAUAUCCUGUGGAACUUUCGUCAAACUGGAAAAAUUAUUCGCAUUCAAGCUCUUUGAGGCGAGUUAUAAAAAUAUUAGGACACAUCACUGUGUAAAUGCGAAGUAGAUUCGUCGUCUAGAAGAUCUAGAGACCAAGAUUUUAGUAUUAUUAUCUGUAUAUAUAUUUGUACAAUAACGCGCUUAUAUUUGAACAAAAAGUAUUGCAUGUAGAACGUUGGGAUUUAAAGAAGGAUCUGAUGGAAUAAACUGUCUUCUGUAUAACAA